AGCGUCCAAGCGGCGCCCGAGAGGCGGUGCAAGAAUUCCUCUCUCGUCCCCCGCCUGCGACCGUCACAACAAGAAAAAGAUGCCAGCCUUGAAGAUCCAUUCCAGCGCUCGACCCGCAACCGUGACAGUCCGGUUUUGCUUGCUCCGCCUCAUUUUUGCAGCGGUGUAGAUCCCUCAGGCAGGCAUGCACAGUCGUCAUUGAUCACCCUCCUCAGGCCAGCCACCACCUGGCUCAAAAUACACGCCCAAGGCCGGUCUCGUCUCCUCGUUAUUUUCGCUCUCAGCUACCUUCAUGGCUCGAUAUCGAAGCUGGGGGUUUUGCUAUCCGUACAACCUCGAUCUCGGAGGUUUUAGUUGACGAAACGCCGCGCAGUCGCACUGCAUCUCAGUAGUGGGGUGCCCAAGAGCGUGGGGCUCCUUGCGUCGGACGUUAUAUAUCAGCCUCUGCCUUCCUACUCACGUUCAAACGCAACAUGGAUCAAGAUUUGGAUACAAACAGGAUUAAGGACUGGCGUUCAAUCGUUACCUUGAUUGUCUUUGUUUUUGCGAACAUCGUCGUCCUUUUCCCCUUCCACAUCCCCGUAUACCUUCCACGAUUCCUUACGAACGCCAUUACGAGUGCUCUCACCGUGACGAGGAUUAUAGAACCGCGGCAGCAUGAACCUCACGGCAGCGUGUUUGUGCGUUUCAACUUUCCCUUCAAUUUCGUGACAGCGCCCCUGAUCGCAGACCUGUUCCUCUUGGCAAUACUGGCAAUUGGACGCAAGGAAGUGCACGAUGGGACUCUCGGCGCGGACAAUAUCUCACCAAUCGAUAUCAUGGUCUUUUUCUUGACCCUCGCAUAUAUCGCCAUUUCAAUCGAUGCCUCGGGCCUCAUUCGAUAUCUGGCGUUCAAGGUGCUGCAAAAGGGAGGAAAGGUCGGGCAUCGGCUGUUCUUCUACCUGUACGCCUUCUUCUUUAUCCUGGGUAGCUUCAUUGGCAACGAUCCAAUCAUCCUGUCGGGCACGGCUUUCCUCGCGUACAUGACCCGAGUUUCGAGCAAUAUCCUGCAUCCACGAGCCUGGAUCUAUACCCAGUUCGCUGUCGCCAACAUUGCAUCUGCCAUUCUCGUUUCCUCCAACCCAACGAAUCUCGUAUUAACGAGCGCAUUCGAGAUCAAGUUUAUCGACUACACAGCGAACAUGAUUGUUCCCGUGGUGAUCACAGCCAUUGUCCUUUUCCCCUUCCUGCUGUAUAUCAUCUUCGCGGAUGAAUCGCUUGUUCCACUAUCAAUAGAGAUGCACGAGCUGCCCGACGACGCAAAAGGCCGGAAACCUGUCAACCCGAACAUUCCCAACGCGCGAGGCAAUGCCGAAGAGCAGGAGAAAGAGGCUGCGAAUGGGGAGGAGGAUAAGCUAUUAUCUCUUGAGGAAAUCUUAAACCCCUUUCUCGACAAGCGAGGGGCUGCAUUUGGCGCUGUUAUUAUGGCUGCGACGCUUAUCACCGUGUUGGUGUUGAAUGCGGCAAGUCAGGGACACACCCAUCCUGUCUUCUGGGUUACCUUGCCCGCUGCGUUUGUCCUGUUUUGCUGGGACGUUGCAUACGGGUGGCACCAUAGGAAGGAAACACGCGAGAUCGCACGCAAGGGGCGCGAAGACGUGGAACGGACGCGAACACAAGCUGAGCGAGCGAUGGGAGAUGACGAAUUUGCUAUAGACGAUAUCCAGCCGCAAUCGACUGGAGCUUUGGUCAACCUCACUACGGGCAUUUUUGAUCAUGGCUGCGAGCAUGCUGCGUCGCAUUCUGCUGGUUUGUCUGACGACCAGUCGACGCAGCAGCCGUCUCCAGAAGGCAUUGAUGAGAAGCAAGAAUUGAGUCUUGCGAAUGUCAGUUCUCUGUCCCCAAAUUCUGGCUGCACCACGGAGAAAGUGCCACCACUGCCGGAAGAACCAUCGCUGAAUCUGCCGCCCCAGGGCCAACUGCAAAAGCUUACCUUGGAGUCCCUGUCGAUUGAUUUGUACCGGUGGCUUCAAGAGACAUUUCCCACUGUCACAGCGGUGGUUUCUCAUAUGCCCUUUGCGCUCGUUCCUUUCGCCUUUGCCAUGUUUGUCCUUGUUCAAGCACUGGCCACAAAGGGGUGGAUUGAGGUCUUUGCAUACGGAUGGGACCAUUGGGUAAACCGAACCGGAACCAUUGGGGCGAUAGGCGGAAUGGGAUUUCUCUCUGUUAUCCUCUGCAAUUUUGCCGGAACGAACAUCGGCACGACAAUUCUCCUCUCUCGCGUGGUGCAGACCUGGCAGGCGAUCCACCGCGCCAAUGGGACUCCAAUUAGCGAUCGCACAUUCUGGGCAACUGUAUACAGCAUGGCGCUUGGAGUCAACUACGGGGCAUUCAGCACGGCGUUCAGCGCAUCCUUGGCGGGACUCUUAUGGCGGGAUAUUCUCCUGCGAAAGCAUAUUCGCGUGCGCAGCCUGGAUUUCGCAAUGGUAAACCUUCCUAUUAUUGCUAUCUCUAUGGCUGUGGGAUGUGCUGUGCUUGUUGGCGAGGUGUAUAUUAUGCGGGAUAAUACUCCCUACGAUGCAUGACGAAGAUAUGAUAUAGCUUAGACCUUUCAUUUACUCGAGCAGCAUACUCAAGGAUUCUCCAACUGGGUAUUCUGGAAAGUAAUAGCCGACUCGGAGAGCAACCCAAAGAUAUCCAACGUUGUCAGAUCGAAGAUAUCAGCCGUAUCCCCGAGGAUAUGCCCGAACCCUGGGUAGCCCAUCGCCCCUUCCCCAUUCGUACGCUGGUUCACUCUUUCCCAAUCCGGAUCCUGGCCCGUAGACGCUCCCACGGUAGGCGCGAUCGAGGUUGCUCCUUCCUCCACUGCUGGCGUCGUUGCCCCGACACCUAUCCUCCAGCUGUUCUUUCGCAUCGACUCUGUCGAGUUAGUCGUCCGCUGGAUUUCACGCACGUACCGAACCCUCGCCAUCAACCGCCGAAUCGGCCGCCACAUAUUCCCCUUCCUCUCCGUCUCCAUCGUACUCCACUGGUCGUACACUGCAUUAACACACUCCCAUGCGUGAUCGCACUCUGCAGACGGAGGCCGCCAGCACAGAUCGGCGAGGACAAACGCGACAGCGUGCCACUGGAUGUGGGUCUUCGAGUGCCAAGCCCACGGCUGCACUUCCUUGUUCGUUAGCAGGAAGGCAGAGAGUUGCAGGACUUCGAUGGAGUCGCGGAAUAGUCGAUCGCGGAUUUGCCGGUCUUUCUGUGAUUGCGUGAAGAGGACGGCCAUCCACAUGCGCAGGAUCAUUAGCCUCGCAACGGUGGAUGAUACGCGGAGGAAGGGGCUAGAUGAGUCGCAGUGCUUGAGGUAUUGGGUCUCUAGGCAGUUUUGGAGCUCGGCUGCCAAAGCUUCUCGAUUGCGGGCGGGUUGGUUGUCUCUUAACGAUGGGGGAGGCCUCGUCCGUGGAGCCAGGUAGCCGAUUUUCCAGACGGCGCGCAUGACCUCGCAACGCAUGAGGCAGAGGGUCAUCUCCGUGCCGCCGUCUCGCUCUCCUGGAGGUUGAGUCAUCUCGGCGGUGAUAUCAAUAUCGUUGAUGUUCAGGGGCAUCUUUGUGUCGAAGACGCACGCGUGUACGAUGGGCUCGCGGAUCAGGUUUUGCGUGUUGAGCAGGUCCGCACGCGCCAGGGCUUGUUCCACAGCGAACCGAUACGUCUCUAGAGCGGACGCUCGGGGAAUACCCAGGAGAUUCAUGCACUGAUCCGGGUCCAUACUAAUGACCGUUGAGUAGUAGAUUGCGAAGAGCAGCGCUUCUGUAUGCUUAUCGAUGGCACCCAUUGCUGCGAUGGCAUCCCAGAAGAUCCGGUCGAGGGUGGGCACAUGGAAGAUACGGACGGUAGUGGAGACAUUUGUCUUGAAGAUUUCGAACAGGGCCACAGCUUGCGACAUGGGUGGAUGAUAUACUUCAAGUGAGUGCGCCAGCGCUCGAAAGCCCAUGAUGGCCGCAUUCGUCCCAAGCCCCUCCAUGACACUGAAACCCUCAUCUUCUUCGGAAGUCGUGGUGUGAAGUAAGUCGCGGAGUUCCUCAAUCUACACAUUUUAGCCCAUUUUCAGACCAUCCGCGAGCAUACGUACCUCAUCUCCUAAGCGCAUCCAUGGUGUACUACUGACAUAGCAGCUCUGCAUGUCAUCGAUGACCAGCCGACCAAACUGCUGUUCGACGGUGGGGUUCGAUGUGUCUGCCGUGGCCUCGAGGGUGCUGCUUUGGGUGGCAUUCGGGGAUUGCCCUUCGAUGCGCUUGACGAUUGUUUCUAGCUUGGCCAGUUGAGCCAGAAGACGGGCUUCAACUGCUUUGCGUGGUCGCUUUGGGGCGCGCCCGUGGCCGGCGGGGUACACACAUUGGGCCUCAACGCGGACGCAGUUGCCACAGGGCUGCUGUCGGUCGCACUUGAUCUUUCGCUGGCGGCACAGUGUACAGCUACGGAGUGGGCGAGGGAAAUCCAUUUUGCGCUACACAGGUGAAAGUUGGGAAGAAAGGGAGGAGAUGCAAAAGAACAAUCGGUUCAUUUAAGCCAAGCCGCAUAGGCUUAUGCGAGGCCGAUCCCGAGAUCGCCGAAGCGUCUCCACACCGCAGAGAUACAUAGUGUGGACACUGUCACGGUACACUGUUGAUCACACCUUGCCGGAAUUCUCCUCAUGAGUGCUACUCGCUGCUUCCUUCUCGAGAUCUCUGUUCUGCUGGUCACCUUGCGCUGUCGGAACCUUGCUGAACCCUGUGCGAUACCACGGCAGGGAGAAAAUGGCCCCCACGCUUUCCAUGCUCCGGCCUUUACAUUCAGGAAAGGCGAAAUAUACCCAAACUGUUGCGCAGCCCGUGAAUGCAGUGAACAGGGCAAACGGUCCCCACGCGUGCAUGGUCACCGUCAUAUUGGGGAAACCUCUUGAGAUACCGAAGUUCAAUAGAUUCUGAUAUGUGAAUGCAAUGGCGACAAUGGGCCCUCGCAAGUGCGUCGGACAAAUCUCCGAGGCCGUCAGAGAGAAUACUGGCGCCCAUCCGAAACCAUACCCAAUGGCGAACAGGCAAAUGGCAACAAUGGCGACCCACGCAGCGGGAGAGGGCGAGGCCGAGUCGGAGACGUUGGCAACUCCCAGGAAGGCUGCGAGAUACAGCAGACACAGUGUGUUGAUGGUCGAUCCGAUAA